UGCGCGGUUCCAAAACAUCAACAAAUUCACCCCAAUCUUUUCACCGCCCGUGUUCUCUGCAGCUCAUGGGAUUCAUAAAGUAAUAAGAAAAGUAAAUUGUGAUGAUACCGUACGUACUUUGAUUGUGCAUAAUGAGUCGUAUCCAAUGGCGUGUUCGAGAGCUUCCAAAGACCAUCAGCCAAACAAUUCGAUUUCGGUGGCAGUACGGCAAACAAUGCAUUCGCUCACUAACCUACAAUCAUCACAUGAACCAAUCGUACGCUUCGGAUGUUUGCAUGGAACCAAUAUUUUGGUUCGUUGACAAUUUUACCCAUCUUCUAGGACCGUUUUUUGUAUUUGCUGUAAUAUGUUUAACAACUGCGGUAGUUACGAUAUGCUACUGGAUCGGAUUGCCCUACUGGUGGAACAGAAAUCGGUAUAUGACCGUGUUCUUAAUGAUAGUAGGACAUUGGUUGUUAUUAAACGUGGUGUACAACUUCUAUAAAGCUGCGUCUGUAUCGCCAGGCUAUCCACCGGAGAAAGAACUGAUAGCGGAAGCAGUGAGUAUAUGCAAAAAGUGUAUUGCCCCAAAACCUCCUCGAACACAUCACUGUUCCGUGUGUAACCGGUGCGUGCUAAAAAUGGACCACCAUUGUCCCUGGCUCAAUAAUUGUGUUGGUUACCACAAUCAUAGAUAUUUCUUCCUGUACAUGUUGUACACGACAAUUGGUACACUGUUUAUAAUAUCUUUUGGGUUUGAGUUGGGCUAUGGUGUGUUGUUCCUCGAUGAGGCGGGCUGGAAAGAGAUGGAGCCGUUGCAAGGACAUCCUGUGCGAUUCAACCUUUCCGGUCAUAUUAUACCCGUGACGGAAAUGAAUGACUACGAACAUGACGGGAUGGCUCCUGCUGAGCACGAUCUGCCCAUACCUCAUCCAAACGAUCGAACGGAAACUAUUCACGGUGCAAUACUGUUUAUGGCUCUUAUCAAUGUGGCCACCUUGUUCGCUCUUGGUUCGCUCACCGCCUGGCACAGUACGCUAAUUACGCGAGGUGAAACCAGCAUCGAAGCGCACAUAAACAAAUCCGAAACCAAGCGGCUAGCAGCAAUGAACAAAGUGUAUCGAAAUCCGUACGAUUUCGGUUCGAGGCAGAAUUGGAGAAUAUUUCUUGGAAUUACUCGCAAACGUACUUGGUGGCGGCACGUACUUCUACCGUCCUCUCAUAAGCCAGAAGGUAAUGGACUGACAUGGUUAACGUACGAAAUCGCGUCUGAUAAUGCUGACGAAUGGCCUUAGAGUUAAGACAAACGCGAACGUUAAGGAAAAGCGACAUUUUCAAACUGCUGUGUAGCAAACUAGUCAUGAAUAAUCCUUCGACAGACAUUCUCAGUUCUAGCCCUAAGUUACCAACUAUUCAACGAAAAUAAAAGUUUAAUGAAACAUUCAUGAAAUUUGUGAAGGUAACAACA